UCUCAUGAGUCCUUCUUGAGUGCUGCUUUUGUGAAACAUUGAUUGGUUUGGUGACCAUUCACUCCUUUCAUUAUUCAUUUUUACCUCGAAAACAUCAUCAACAAAUGCUUUUCAUAGGAUUAGGAACUGUUGUCCAUGUCAAUGCCAGCCAUGUUUCCAUGCACCUAGCAAAACCACAGCCACAAGUUCCAUUUCAUCACCAUUUCUCCACUCUCCGCUGCAUUUCUUCUUCUUCUGGGUUCCCCUGUUCUGUCUCACUCUCACACUCUACAACACCCAGUUGCGGAAUCGGGCUAAAGUUAACACCCUUCUCUUUGAUGAUGGCUACCCAAUUGCAGGUCUCAGAAGGUGCACCCAGUGAACAGGACUCGGGCUCUUCCCCUUCUCUUCCAAUUGGAGAGCACGAUCUUCUCAUAGUGGGUCCUGGGGUUCUUGGUCGUUUGGUGGCUGAGCAAUGGCGGAAGGAGUAUCCAGGUUGUCAAGUUUUUGGACAGACAAUAACCACCAAUCAUCAUGAGGAGUUGAUUAAAAUGGGUAUUACUCCGUCUUUGAACUGGACUAAAGCCACGCAAAAAUUCCCCUAUGUGAUUUUCUGUGCUCCGCCUUACCAAUCCUCAGACUACCUUGGUGAUAUUAGGCUAGCUGCAUUGUGCUGGAAUGGUGAAGGUUCUUUUCUGUAUACAUCUAGCUCUGCUCCUUAUGACUGCAAUGAUAACGGAUUAUGUGAUGAGGAUACUCCAGUGGUGCCAAUUGGGAGGAGCCCCAGGACUGAUGUCCUUCUAAAAGCUGAGAAUGUGGUGCUGGAGUUUGGUGGCUCUGUUGUGAGACUGUCUGGACUUUAUAAAGAAGAAAGAGGUGCACAUGCUUAUUGGUUAGAGAAGGGGAUUGUUGAAUCUCGACCUGAUCACGUCCUCAAUCUUAUACAUUACGAGGAUGCAGCUUCCCUCUCAAUUGCAAUUUUGAAGAAGCAAUUCCGGGGACGAAUUUUCUUGGGUUGUGAUAAUCAUCCUUUGUCCAGGCAAGAAGUGAUGGAUCUAGUCAACAAGAGUGGGAAAUUCAGUAAAAAAUUUGAGAAAUUUACAGGAAGUGAUGAUCCUCUAGGUAAGAGAUUAAACAACUCCAAAACACGCCAGGAAAUUGGUUGGGAGCCCAAGUACUCUAGCUUUGCUCAUUUCCUUGACACCAUCUGAUUAAUUGCUGUGUAUAUAUUUGGGUUGAAACCAAAUCUAAAUCAGCAUUUUUUUCUCCAUGUUGAAAUUGUAUAGAAAAGGUUCCCAUUCCUCAAUUUUUAAAUGGAAGCAAAAACACUCAAUUUGGUCGGUUAUGUUUGGAUA